CACCCCCACCCCCACCUCCACCACUCCGUGACAGAACAGUGAAGAGAGUCUAGAUCAAGCCAAGACAACAACCGAAAGUCAUCCUCAAACACUCGUUUAAAGAACAACACAUCUCUCUCUCUCUGCAACAACACAAACCCAAAAUCAAAACUAAGAAGAUGAGGAAGAGUAACAGUUUGAUAGGAGUCAUAAACUUCUUAACAUUUCUACUAUCAAUACCAAUUUUAGGAGGUGGGAUAUGGCUAAGUACAAGAGCAAACAACACAGACUGUAUGAAGUUUCUACAAUGGCCAUUAAUCAUAAUAGGUGUAGCAAUUAUGGUCGUAUCGUUAGCAGGUUUUGCUGGUGCUUGUUAUAGGAACUCAUCAUUACUGUGGUUUUAUCUGUUCUCAAUGUUUUUUGUUAUAGCUGCUCUGAUUGGAUUCAUAGUGUUUGCUUAUGUUGUUACUGAUAAAGGGGCAGGUAGAAGGAUGAUGAAUAGAGCUUAUCUUGAUUAUUAUUUGCCUGAUUACUCUGGUUGGUUGGAAGAAAGGGUUUCGGAAGGUGGUAAUUGGUAUAAAAUUGCUUCUUGUAUUAGAGAUUCUAGAGUUUGUGGUAAGAUGGGUAGGACUUAUGGUGGUGUCCCUGAAUCUGCUGAUAUGUUCUACUCCAGAAGACUCUCUCCUAUUGAGUCUGGUUGCUGCAAACCGCCGACGGAGUGCGGUUACUUAUACAUAAACGAGACGUUAUGGAACGUUGGAGGAGGAGUAGGAGGUACAUCCCUUGAUUGUUCGAUAUGGAACAAUGACCAAGCACAAUUAUGUUACAUGUGUGGAUCAUGUAAAGCUGGUGUUUUAGCAAGUCUAAGGAAGAGUUGGAGGAAAGUUUCAGUGAUCAACAUUGUUGCGCUUAUUAUCCUCGUUAUCGUCUAUGUAAUUGGCUGCGCUGCGUUUAGAAACAACCGGAGAUAUGAUAACGAUGAAGGUUAUGGUGAAGCUAGAAUGACUAAAGCUCAACCAAGUAGGCUUCAUUUUUAGUUCAGGUAGUUUACAUUCCAAGUUGAAACUUUAGUUCUGAAUUAGUAGUAUGUAUUUUGCUUAAAGAUUGAAAGAUGUUUAAAAGACUCCUUUGUUGUAUUUAAUUGUGAGUUUUAUUUUGUACUUUGCAAAUGAUGAUUAUUCAUUAGUAUAAAUCAGGUUAAAGUUCAAGUUC